GCGGGGAGAAGUGUCCAAACCUCACCAAGUACCUCAGAAGAUGCAGUGGAGGACAAAACAACAAGUGUUAAUAUCCAGGAUGGUUGUGUAGGGACGUGUAAUAUCUUCCUUGAAAGUUGCCACUAACAUGUGAACACUGAUGUGCAUUUCAAGCCAGUUUUGCACUUGGAGUAAAGCUAAGUCUUAAAUAUAAAGCAUAGCCAAAAAGUCUCAAAUAUAAAGCAUAGCCAAAAUUUCUUUCAGCGUCUUAAGUAGUGCUGCACAGAAUGAUGGAGUUCACGAGCAUAACCCGAGAUGGUUCCGGGGUUCCUUGAGGACCGUCGCCCUCAUGCUCCACGGCUGUUCCGCUGUCUCCCGCUAGCUCCACAUCCUUCACACCUUUCAGCUUUACUGGUUAGAAAUCUGAAACAAUGGGUGACUGGAGCUUUCUGGGGCGACUGUUAGAGAAUGCGCAGGAGCACUCCACAGUUAUUGGCAAGGUUUGGCUGACGGUACUGUUUAUCUUCAGGAUCCUGGUGCUGGGGGCUGCUGCUGAGGAGGUCUGGGGAGACGAGCAGUCGGACUUUACAUGCAACACGCAGCAACCUGGUUGCGAAAAUGUUUGCUAUGACAAAGCCUUCCCCAUUUCUCACAUUCGCUUCUGGGUGCUGCAGAUCAUUUUUGUCUCCACUCCAACCCUCAUCUACCUGGGCCAUGUCCUGCACAUUGUACGCAUGGAGGAGAAGAGGAAAGAGAAAGAGGAGAUGAAAAAGAAGGGAAGCAGCAAAGAUGGCAACUACCCAGUAGCAGCAGCAUCUGGCAGCGGUGGUGGAGGAGGCAGCAAUAACGUCAAAGAUCAAUCUAUUGUCAAAAGGGGGAAGGAGAAGCUCCCAGUCCGUGAUGAACAUGGUAGAAUUCGUAUGGGGGGUGCCUUGCUCCGUACCUAUGUCUUCAAUAUCAUAUUCAAGACACUGUUCGAGGUGGGCUUCAUUGUGGGCCAGUACUUCCUAUAUGGCUUUGAGCUAAAGCCAGUCUACCAGUGCAGCCGCUCACCUUGUCCACACACUGUGGACUGCUUCAUCUCGAGGCCCACUGAGAAGACAAUCUUCAUCAUCUUCAUGUUGGUGGUGGCCUCAGUCUCCCUGCUGCUGAACAUGCUUGAGAUAUAUCACUUGGGGUGGAAGAAGCUUAAGCAGGGCAUGACGAGUCAGUACAUCCUAGAGAUGCCUGUUGCAACAAUGACACCAGUUAUGGUAACAGGGGAGUCCAAACCUGUUUCCCUGCCUCCGCCAGCACCACCUGUGGUGGUCACGACUGCCACACCACCCCCUGUUCUGCCUGACACCCGUGCUGUCACACCGCUGCUGACUCCAGUGACCAUGGCAUCUUACUAUGCUACAGCUGCUCCAAGACCACGGCCCCCCUCCAACACAACGUCCAUGGCAAGCUACCCUGCUGCUCCACAGGUUCCUGAGGAUAGGCACCGUGCUGUGACUCCUACACCCAUCUCCACUCCCGUCACCAUCCCGACCCCCAUCCCCACACCCACGCCAGCUGCCAUCAACUACUUCAACAGCAGCAGCCGUGCCCUGACAUCCGAGCAGAACUGGGUCAACAUGGCAGCUGAGCACCAGGGCAAGGUUUCCUCCAGCUCAGCAGGCUCCUCUACCCCCAGCAGCAUCCGGCAUCCUCUUCCUGAGCAGGAAGAGCCACUGGAGCAGCUACUCCCACCCCCAGCUGUGCUGCCCAUUGCCGCAGCCAACAGCGGCAGCAGCACCAGCCUGAGCGGGGCGAGCGGCAGCAAGUGGGAUGUGGAGGGCGAGGUGGAGCUGUCGGGGGCGCGGCCCGUCUCGGCUGCCUGCACCACGGUGGAGAUGCACGAGCCACCGCUGCUGGUAGACACGCGGCGCCUGAGCAGGGCCAGUAAGUCGAGCAGCUGCAGAGCCCGGUCAGACGACCUGGCCGUGUAAGGCGGUCGCCCCUGCUCGGGGGAGCAGGUGCUGGAAGGCAGAGUGGGCAGGGGAGCUGCCUGGGGAGGCCAGGCCUGGCGUGGGUGAGAAGGCCUGGGCUUCAAACUUAGACGCUUGCUGUUUUUGCACUCUGUGAGUUGUAGUGGGGAAAAUUAUCAACGUUUUCUAAUAGGUCAGGGGUGACCGAAGCACAGCCCGUGGGCCAGGGGACCAGUCCCACUUUUCUUCAUGUUCACAGCAGAUCCCUCAAGGGCAGCCGUAGGGGAGGCCUGCACA